CUCACUACCUAGGCUAUAAUAUUAAAUUGGUUCUUGGAUAAAGUACUAGGUAUUCUGCUGACAUCCGUGGAACUUUACACAUUCAUGAAGAGAGAGGUGAGAAGGGCUGAAGAGAAAACACUUCCUUUUCAAAACCUGCACCUACCCCAAAACAAUCAAUAGUAAUCAAGCUCAGUAUGAGAGGAACCAUAGGUUCGGACAUUCGGUGCACAUUCUCAGCUGAGGAGCCAUCGGCACGAAAUGGCAUUGAGGCAGAAGAUCUGCUUCUAUUUCUUAUCUACUUAUUGAAGCUUCACUGGGUUGGUGUGGUGGUGGCUACCUCGUCACCCCGAGCUGGGGAGGCUGCGACUCUUCGUUGUCGAUCAGAAAGCAUGAAUGAAGAGCGCUGGAGUUCCUCGGACUGUGCUGAAGGCAGUGGGCGAGAGAGGGAGAGACUUCCAGCCAUAGCGACAGCCUCUACAAACACACAGCCGUCCGCUGCGGCGCCUGCGGGAGCUGAAAGAGGACCCAAAGUCCAGUUUCCAGCUUUUAACAGCUUUAUCUCCACGAUCAACCCGAAACAGGAAACCAUCGGUGCCAUCAGUUCCGUCACACAGCCUGUCUUGCAUAAUGCUAAAUAUGUACGAGAACUGCCGCCUAUUAAUCCAGAUGUACGUCAAAAGCAGCGCAUCUCAAUAGAGAUCUUACCCCCUGAAAUGAAAGCUCCUUUCCCUCCUGAUCCAGUACUUCCCAUCCGAACUAAAACAGUAAAGGAAUUUCAGGAAGAUAUAGAAAAAGCCAAGACUUCAGGAGACUGGAAAAUUGUCCAUGAUUUUUAUUCAACAACAUUUGAUUCUUUUCUGGAACUUAACGCAGCUUUCAAGCGAGAUGUCAGUGCACCUUUUAAUACAAUUGAAGAUCCAGGUAUUAAUGUUAAAUAUAUCAACAGUGUCUAUGAUGCCUUGCUGAGCACACCCCAGGAUAUCCAGAAAGCAGUACUGAAAGGGAUUAUUAACAGUCUGCUGAAAGAAUGGAAAGGGCCACGGACAAAAGAUGACCUUCGCGCUUAUUUUUUACUUGUGCAGAAUCCUCAAUUUGCGGGCACAUCAACUUACAUCAUCUAUGCCCACUUGUUACGGCAGAUGGCCACUUUGUCUGAAGCGGAUCAUCAUUUUCUGGUUCACUGGUUUCAAAAAAUGCCUCUGAGAAGAUUUAAGCAACUAGUAGAAAGAUUGCUGCAGUUUGUAUCUCUACGUCUGUUCCCAGCAAAGCCAGAUGACUUGCCGCCCCUGGCAAAAUGUACAUGGUGGAUUUCUUCAGCAACCAAAGUCCUAGCUUUGCUUAAUGCAGCAAAUAGUCUGGCAAAUCCUCCAAGUAUUCCCUUCAUGGAUUUCUACAAUUCCACCUUGGACCAUAUUGAUCUCAUGGAGGAGUAUCGCAUCUGGCAGUGUUGUGGAAAUUCUCACAGGUUUUCCUUCUGCCAAUUUCCUUUCAUUCUCUCACUGGCGGCUAAAAAAGUUAUAAUCCAGAGGGACUCUGAACAACAGAUGAUUACAGUAGCCAGGCAAAGCUUGGUUGAUAAAGUGUCCCGCAGACAGAGGCCAGACAUGAACAUGCUUUUUCUAAACAUUAAAGUGAGGCGAUUACAUCUGGUUAAUGAUUCACUGGAUGAGUUAACGAGAAAAAGGACAGAUUUGAAAAAAAAAUUGAAAGUCACAUUUAUUGGAGAAGCUGGAUUAGACAUGGGUGGUCUCACAAAAGAGUGGUUUCUUCUGCUUAUUCGACAGAUCUUCCAAUCAGAUUAUGGUAUGUUUCAGUAUCAGUGGGAUUCACGGUUUUAUUGGUUCAGCAGCUUUAAAUGUGAAAGCUACUCUGAAUUUCGACUAGUUGGAGCUUUGAUGGGCCUGGCUCUGUAUAAUAGCAUUACCCUGGAUGUUCGGUUUCCACCCUGCUGCUAUAAAAAACUGCUGAGUCCUCCUGUUGUUCCAUGUGACCAGAAUGCUGCUGUUGGCAUAGCAACACUUACACUCGAUGACCUGCGCCAGCUUAUGCCAGCUUUAGCUAAUGGACUUCUGGCACUUAUCAAUUAUGAAGGCAAUGUGGAGGAAGACUUUGGCUCCACGUUUCAAGUAUUUCAGGAAGAGUUUGGAACAAUUAAAUCAUACAACCUGAAACCAGGUGGUGACAAAAUCCUUGUAACCAAUCAGAACAGGCAAGAAUAUGUACAUCUUUAUGUAGAUUUCCUUCUCAACAAGUCUAUGUACAAGCAGUUUGCAGCAUUCUACUACGGGUUUCACAGUGUCUGUGCCUCUAAUGCCUUAAUGCUGCUUCUCCCGGAAGAAGUGGAAAUUCUCGUAUGUGGGAGCCCUGAGCUGGACAUUUACGCACUACAGAAGAUCACGCAGUAUGAAGGUUAUUCGAAGGUAGACCCCACAAUACGGUACUUCUGGGAUGUGGUUUUAGGAUUCAGUCUUGAGCUCCAGAAACAACUUCUACAUUUUACCACAGGAAGCGAUCGAGUUCCAGUGGGAGGACUUGCUGAUCUUAGUUUUAAAAUCACAAGGAUUGAUGUGCCCACUGACUGGUUACCAAUCGCCCAUACCUGUUUCAAUCAACUCUGCCUGCCUCCAUACAAGAAUAAGAAAGAACUGAAACAGAAAUUAACAAUCGCUAUUUCAAAUGCAGAGGGGUUUGGUCUGGAGUAACAACCUGCUUUUAUGUGGAGCUUUAAAUACAGAAUUAUAACCCAAGUAUUGUGUAAUUUACUUGCUAGAAAUGGAGUGUCACUUAAUGGUCCCCUAAUUUAAGGUUAGUGGACCCAAGUUGUGUCCCAUUUAGUUUACUUUAGAAUGGGCCGUGGAAAAUCAAAAAGUGCAAGUUUUUUAACAUUGGAAAAUAUGUAAUAUUUUGUGAUAUAUAGUAAUGGUUGGUGUAAUUACAUUCAUGCAGAGACUCUGUUUCUGCAUGAGUGGCCACACCAUCUCCAGACUACACAUGCAUUACUAAAUGUAGCAAAGGAGGCACCUAAACUUCAAUGCAUGUCAUAUGACACCAUUGUGCAUUUAUGGGCCCUCUGUGUGUAAGCCUGCCAUGUGUAGAGAGGGCCCAGAAGUACUUCAGGAAUUUUUGUGAACUGCACAUUAAAUACAAAAGCACAAAAGCAAUUGGCUUUCUAAUUAAGUUCUAUCUCAUAAACAUAGUACUACAUAAUAGAAUUGCUAGGCCAUUGUGUCUUAUUAGCUUCACAGGUGGAGCAAACCAUGCCUUUGAGAUGUUUGAAGCAUGAUCUGAAUUGGGAUCAUGUUGAUCCAUCUAUCUUUGAUGCUCACCUUUUGAACUUACAAAUUAUUGAAUCCAGCACCUAAACACCAGCUGAGACAGGAAGUGACAUAUUAAGUUCUGAUUCCAGGCAUCCAAAAGCUAGGCUACCGAUUGAGGUUUCUAGUUUUCAGAAUCAGGUGCAAUAAGA